AUGCCUCCUAUCAGAUCAUCGUCCUCGGACGGCCUCAAAGUACUCAUCUUCGAUGGGGGUGACCUGCGUUCUCUAUCACAAAUUGAGAUCCUCAGGGAAUACAUGCGCCGCAUUCAAUUCGAUACAGGUGAAGCAUUAAGACCUCAUCAAGUCUUUGACCUUGUGGCGGGCGUUGGUCCUGCUGGCAUUCUUGCCUUCCUAUUGGGAGGCUUGGGCCUUACGAUUGAAGAGGCCAGCGAGCAGUUUGACCGUCUUUGUCGCGAUUUGCUGCUGGAUGAUCAACUUGACACGGAGAGUCGCACGGAAAAGCUCGAAACUCUUCUGAAGGACAUGCUCCGAACCGCUCAGAUCAGGGAGAAUCAAAAGCUCUGCGAUCCCUCGUCUCCUGCAUGCAAAACCAAGAUAGCGCUUUAUUUCAUGAGUUCAUCGAAUUUGGGUCGGUGCCGUGUGUUUCGCAACUACGAAUCCCGUCAAUACGAAUACAAUCCGACAAUACUCGAAGCACUACGGGCUACUUGUUCGAUGCCACACCUUUUUAUGCCUAUCUGUGCUGGUCCCGAUCAUCACCAAGAAGAUUUGGUGACAGCGAUGCUAGGCUACAACAACCCAACGAAGGAGGUGAUCAGGGAACUCCUCAGUAUCCACGGUUCUUCUUGGAGGAUCCAACUCAUUCUUAGCAUUGGCGCUGGGAAGCAAGCGCCUCUAUCCAUCAAAGGUAAAGGUAUCAGCUUGGUCGAAAAGGCAGUUCAGGAAGCAGAAAGUGUCGCCGAAGAAUUGAGGGAACAUCUAAAGAAGACGGGUGUAUACUUUCGUUUUUCUGUGGAUCGGGGAAUCGAAACUUUGGAGCAAGCCCAAGGUCAACAGAUAUCAACCAUUUACUCCAGCACCUCCACGUAUCUCUCGCAGAAGGACGUUAACGAAUCGCUCGACUCUGCAAUUAAGGCCACAUUCAUGUCAAGUCUUGUUACUCUCGAGAGACUCAAUCCUUACCCGUCCCUGGUAAUGAAGUCUUCCAACGGAUUGCCACCCCUCUCCGCUUUCUUCGUAAUGAGACAAGCGCCAAUCGAUGCAUUGGUCAACGGCCUCCUGAGCGUCAAUUCGGACGACCCUAGACAACGCAUCAUGGUCGUCUCCGGAAUGGGGGGAUCAGGCAAAACACAAAUCACACUGGCAUUUGCGCGAGCGAACGAAAACUGGUUUCGACAUAUAUUAUUUGUUGACGCAUCCUCAGCCGAAAGCAUAGAAAACAGCCUUAUAGCCCGAGGAGGUGCAGUUGACCGUGCCCUGCUGCGGAUGCACGGCAAAGGAUACUGGUUGCUUAUCUUGGACAAUGCGGAUGAUCCUGGUCUUGACAUCCGCGAGUUUAUCCCAGAAUGUGAUCACGGCUCGGUCCUUAUUACGACUCGCAACCCGAACCUCGGAAACCUCACACCUAACCAUCUUAAAUUGGACGUCAUGACUCCAGAAGAGGCUGUCGACGCCCUGUUAAGUGCUGCGUUUGGACCCAGCGGCAGGCGCAGCGAAAGAGAGCUCUCCACAGCACUCGAAAUUGUCGAGACAUUGGGAUACUUACCGGUAGCUGUGAUUCAAGCGGGAGCAAUGAUUAAGAAGCAGCAGUGCUUCUAUGAUUACAUCGCGCGGCUUAAGCGGAAUCGAAGCAAGCUUUUACAGAUCCCCAGCCUGCAACGGGACAAAUUGAGGUACCCUCACAGCGUGUACGCAGCGUUUGACACCACACUCAAAGUCUUGUCCGAACAGUCUCUACGAUUACUCAGUAUUCUCUCCUUCCUCCACUAUACAGGUCUUCCGAGAGCGGUUUUCGGCAUAGCCGCCAAGUAUGACUUCAAAUACCAGCCGUAUGAUAUCGAAGAGAGAGAAACCGAGUUUGAAGAAAGUGCCCAACUCCUUACGUCUAUACUGACUCGUGACGGUGUCUGGAACGAAGAUAUGCUGGACGAGAUACUGGAGGAACUUCAACAGUAUUCGUUGGUAACUCUCAUUCCAGGAUAUAGUCCAGAGUCUGUGGCGCUACGAUGUCAUCCUCUGCUACAUGCAUGGGCUCAAGAUCGUUUAUCUCCAUCCGAUCGUGCUCGAUUCUGCGCUUCAGCAGUGAGGAUUAUAUGUGGCGCCACUCACCUUGUCGACGCUGCAGUUGGAAAUCGACUCAUCACUCACGCCGAGAGUCUGACCCGUACAACUCCAGGUCUUCAUAUCAACGAUCAAGUUGCACUAGACGCUAUCCAACGACGAAAUGGAAAAAACAAAAAUUCCCUCACACUGUGGAUGGAAGUUCAUCAGACGGUAAAUGCCAAAUAUGGCCCUAACCACGGCCGAACGGCAUUGGCCACUCUCAUACUCGCCGACAGCUACGGACGAGCCGGAGAUCGGGCGAAGAUGGAGGAAUUAGAGAAGCUCUCUGUCGAGAGGUUCUCGCAACUCUACGGACCCUACCACUCAAUGACAUUGUGGGCUACCGGCAAUCUCGCGCGCACGUACAGAGAAAAUGGUGAUCUUGACAAUGCCGAAUCACUUAAUAGGAGAGUCCUAGAAGGCUACGAAAAGACGGAACUCGAUGGCUUGCCCAUGUCGAAUGCGUUAACGGAACUGGCAACGACGUUAUUGCGCCGAGGACGAUCGGGAGAGGCACGUGCCCUGGUCCUCCAGGCGCUGAAAAUUCAAGAGAAGAACCUGGGACGUGCGCAUCACGUGACCGCACAGUCUAUUCAAACGCUUGCAGCCACCUAUGAACGCGAGGGCCGUUAUGCUGAAGCCGAACCUCUGCGGUCCGAGGUAUUGAGCCUGCAGAAGCUCAUACAUGGCGAAGAAGGAGCAGGAACUCUCAACGCGCUCGGCUGGCUGGCAUUGCACCACUACGAACAAAAACGCUAUGAGGAAAGUGAAAAACUUUUUGCAAGUGAGUUGCAGGGUAGGCGAAAGGUGCAUGGUCCAACUAGCGAGAAUUGCCAUAGUGCAUUCAAAGGUCUAAUUUCAGCGUUGAAUGCCCAAAGAAAGUAUGAUACGGUAGAUGCGGUUCUUCAGGAGGAGCUACCAAGAAGGAGAAUGAUCUUUGGUGAGACCCACGAGACGAGCCUCCUACUAGAGCAAUGGAUGGCAAUCAAUUUUCACGCUCAAAAGAAGUAUAAAGAGGCAGAGGCGGCUUGGAGAGGCCUCUUGGAGAAGCGACGCUCUAUCGGCGCUGCAGAACCUUUGAUAAUUAGAACCCUUCAUGGCUGGGGUAAUAGUCUAUUCUGCCUCAGACGCCUUGAAGAGGCUGAACAUGCGUGGAGGGAGGAGAUGGAACGUAGAAUGUUGAUGCAUCGCUUGGGCUGUGUAAUCUUCGAGCAAGGCCGGCACAAAGAGGCAGAGAAGUUAUGGAGGGCUGAAUUAGAUGCAAGGAGAAUGCUCUCAAUUGGUAUCGACCGGGAUACGGCUGAUACGCUCCAUUCACUUUCUCAAGCAUUGGUGGAACAGGAGCAAUACAUUGAAGGAGAGCAAUUAGCACGAGAGGAGAUAAACGCCAGAUUGGAACUCCAUGGACCCGCGGCACGUAUGACUGGAGAUGCAUACGCUGUCCUUGGCUUUGCUCUUCUCGGGCAAAGGAAGUUGAGCGAAGCAGAAGAGGUCUUUCGGGAAAAUUGGGAUAUUCUGAGAACGGUUCUCGGAAGCAGUCACGAGAUUUCUAUGGAGGCGCAGAUUUGGGUAGCAAAUGCGCUAAUAGAACAGGGAAAGCGCCAAGAGGCCGAAAGACUUGCUCGAAGCGUUCUGGAUUGGAGAAGCCCAUCCGAGUUCCGGAUGCCCGGGGGUUGGCAUAUGCUAGGCCAAAUCCUUAUUGAAAUACAAUAUAUUGACGAGGCGGAGAAGCUGUUGGAGGAGGAGUACAGCUGUAGAAAAAAAGAAUGGGGAGAAAAACAUGCAGGCACUAUUGAGGUGAGGGACCUCUUGACUCAACUAGGGGAGAGAAGAGACAAAAAGGUUGGAGUUGCUAGGUAA